CCCAUACGUACCGGUGUUUUUCACUUCAUACAAAAAUAAACAUUCUUAUGACUUUAUCCAAUUAUCCUGAUUUAGAGCUAAACUAUAAUGAUUUGAAAUCAAAAAUAUCCAACUUCAAUAGCAUUUUUGAUCGAUUCCUGCAAGAUGAGCGUAAGCAGCUUCUGAACAAUAGGAAUGAGUAUCUUAAGGAACAUUCAAAUAUUUAUGAAAACCAAAAGAAAACCGAAAAAACACUAGACCAUUUGCGAGCUCGCGAACAAAGUUUAAAUGAAUUGCUGGAAAAAGAACGAGUUGAAAGAGAGGCUACUGAGCAAGAAAUACAAACGAUUCAAGGAAAGGCGGACUCUAUGCGAAAGCGUAGACAAACCGUUGUGGAUGAAAUAGAGCGUUGCCGACUUGUGCUUACGACGAAACGGCAAACUAAGGAGGAUUUGGAUUCAUUGAAGAGAAAACAGGAGCAAUUAAACAUGCCGGAGCUUCAAUUUUGGCAAGACUAUUUAGGCUUGCGAAUGGAAGGUGUCCAUGAAGAAGUAAUACGUUUUGUAUUCACCAACAUAGACGAGAAAGAUUGGAACAAACCAUUCUCCUUUCAAAUUAACCUAGCCCAAAUAGACUACAAAGUAACUCACUGUCGUCCUCCAGUUCCUAACUUGGAUGAUUUAGUGAAUAAAUUGAAUCAAUCAAGAGACUUUUAUCAGUUUUUAAGAGACAUACGGAAAUCGUUUUCUAAUUAUCACAAAAAUCGUCAAAGUUAAUAUCCUUUUAGCACUAUAAGCUUUAUAUUUGAUUGUGUUUCUAUCGUUCACUUAUACAAGACAAGAGAUGAAACCGUCCAGGACGAAGCCGGGUGUGCUUGGAUCACGCAGCAAGCCACUAGACUUUCAGGCUUCAGGACACUUAACUCUCAUUUCAUUCAUUUCUGUUCUAAUUUAUUUCUUUCUAGGUCCAAGUAGGCAAAUCAAUUACUCAUAAUAAGUGAUGAAGAGUAAAUAGCCGUCCUUCCCCGUCAAUGGAACUAAGUUAUUAUAAUAUGUACAGAUAUCUACCAAAAUAGAUAUUCAGAUUUAAAAAUGUAACACUAGAUCAGUUCGUAUUAACAAAGCGAAUAUUUAUUAUGCAAAAGUCAGAAC